GCAUUCUGGGAUCAGCCGAUUCGUCGUCUGUUCUCCACCUCUUUCAUCGUGUAAAGGCCGUAAGAAAAAUGUCUCAACUCUCGAUUCGUUUGGCUUCUGCUUUGGCAAAGCAGUUGUCCGUAGCAGUUCCACAGGUAGCAUGGCCAACCACACAGGUCGCCAGCCGCAAGCUGCAUGUGUCCUGCAGUCAGCGCGCAGCAGAGAUCUCGUCCAUCCUGGAGGACCGCAUCCUGGGAAAUGCCCCCAAGGCUGAUUUGGAAGAGACUGGUCGUGUACUCAGCAUUGGUGACGGUAUUGCUCGUGUCUACGGACUCAAGAACAUCCAGGCCGAUGAGAUGGUGGAAUUCUCCUCCGGUCUCAAGGGUAUGGCCUUGAACUUGGAGCCUGACAACGUGGGAGUGGUGGUGUUUGGUAACGACAAGUUGAUCAAGGAAGGAGACAUUGUCAAGAGAACAGGAGCCAUUGUAGACGUGCCUGUGGGUGAAGACAUCUUGGGACGAGUAGUAGAUGCUUUGGGUAACCCCAUCGACGGCAAGGGACCCCUCAAGAACGUCACCAGGGCCCGUGUAGGAGUUAAGGCGCCAGGUAUCAUUCCCCGUAUCUCCGUCAGGGAGCCCAUGCAGACAGGAAUCAAGGCUGUAGACUCACUGGUGCCUAUUGGCCGAGGCCAGCGAGAACUCAUCAUUGGUGACAGACAGACUGGCAAGACUGCUCUGGCCAUUGACACCAUCAUCAACCAGCAGCGGUUCAACAACGCCGAGGACGAGAAGAAGAAGCUGUACUGCAUCUACGUUGCCAUCGGACAGAAGAGAUCCACUGUGGCUCAGAUUGUCAAGCGUCUGACAGACUCUGGCUCCAUGAAGUACACCAUCAUUGUGUCUGCCACUGCCUCAGACGCUGCCCCACUGCAGUACCUGGCGCCUUACUCUGGCUGUGCCAUGGGAGAGUUCUUCCGUGACAAUGGCAAGCACGCCCUCAUCAUCUACGACGAUCUGUCCAAGCAGGCUGUUGCCUACAGACAGAUGUCCCUGCUGCUGAGACGACCCCCAGGCCGUGAGGCUUACCCUGGUGAUGUGUUCUACCUCCACUCUCGUCUGUUGGAGAGAGCCGCCAAGAUGAGCGAGACCCACGGUGGUGGUUCCCUCACUGCCCUGCCCGUCAUUGAGACCCAGGCCGGUGAUGUGUCAGCCUACAUUCCAACCAACGUCAUCUCCAUCACUGACGGACAGAUCUUCUUGGAAACUGAGUUGUUCUACAAGGGUAUCCGACCUGCCAUCAACGUCGGUCUGUCAGUGUCCCGUGUCGGCUCAGCUGCCCAGACCAAGGCCAUGAAACAGGUGGCUGGUUCCAUGAAGCUGGAGUUGGCCCAGUACCGUGAGGUGGCUGCCUUCGCACAGUUCGGCUCUGACUUGGACGCAGCAACACAGCAACUGCUCAACAGAGGUGUGCGACUCACCGAGCUACUGAAGCAAGGACAGUACGUGCCCAUGGCCAUCGAGGACCAAGUAGCCGUCAUCUACUGUGGAGUCAGAGGACACCUGGACAAACUGGACCCUGCAAAGAUCACCACCUUCGAGAAGGAGUUCCUCGCCCACAUCAAGUCGGGACACAAGGACCUGCUAGCCGACAUUGCCAAGGAAGGUAAGAUCACGGAAGCGUCAGACGCAAAACUGAAGGGAAUCGUAACAUCCUUCCUGGCUGGUUUCACCGGCUAAACAACCACCCUGCACUAGGCCUAGUAGUGAAGAGUCAUGGAGAACAGACGAUGAAAUUGCAUUUUACAACCGACCUACUGGGUCAACAGCUUAAACCAAUAUUUGUUUAAAGGAAAUUAAUUGAAAGAAGUUUUUGUUAUCUUUCAGUGGUACUGCUGGAAGGUUUGCCCUGUUAUUGUAUUAUAUACACUUAAAUGUUAAUCGUAUUAUUUUCCCGUGUUCUUCAAUCGACUCGAAUACUCUGCGGUUUUCCAUCACGCCGCUUGUAAUUGUAAGAAUUUUGUUAUAUAAAACAGUUAUUAAAUAGUGAGGUUUAUUUUUUAAUUGUUUCCUCUCUCGAUCCUCGACUUAUUUAAGGUGUACAAAACUAUUAUUUUGGAUUAAUAAACUUUACUGGUUUUUAACAGGAA